AUGGGGACAUUUCUCAUGAUCCCUGGAGUCGUCGAGCUCGGAGAUUGGGUUCUAUCUACUCAUCAGGCAGGAGGGUUCCAUAGGUACUUGAACCCAACCCUGAAACCGAGAAAGGUGUUGUUUUCUGAUGAGGGAACAUUAAGGUCUCUCGAUCUCACAACAGACAUCGCGGAAAAUGCUGGAGCUACCGUCCUCAGUACUGGUAGUUAUAUGCAGCUUGCCGAGGUUUCGAAAGCUCUCGCCGAUUACCAUGUUAACGCUCUGACGGAGGAUGGAAGCCAAAUUAUCCAAGCCGUUCAACACAUCUCUACGACCGCGCAAGAUAUUGAAGUCGUAUCUGUCUUAAAAAUGCCAUUUAUACUUCCGAGCUUCUGGCCGAUUCCCAAGCGAGGCUUCAUCAAGGCUGUUUAUGGAAAGAUAUCAGAAUCAUAUCUAUCAUGA